AUGACUUCAGAACAAUCCAGCACCAGCAGCGUGAGGCGGAACACCAACACCUCCACCAACCCCAGCACUACCGGCUCCACCACUGCAAUGGAUUGCCUAGCACUUUCGCUCAGUCAUAUCAACGGUGCAGCACACUCCAACACCACUCCUCUCUCGACCAUGGCCAUGGCCCACGCCCUCCUUGUCCACUCCUCAAGACAAUCAUCUUCCUCCUCGUCAUCCGUCCAACGGUCGUCUUCCGCCAUACCCACGACCACUACCUCCACUACCGCCAUGCACAAGACUUCGUGGGAUGUUCCAACGAAGCACUAUGAUCGUGGACACGAUGCCGACCCUACGGGCGUUUCUGACGAGGCUGAGAAGUCAGCCUAUGGUGGAGGAUAUGACGGCGUUCCAGACUCAGGCCGUUUGCAGCUCUAUCUUCGUCGAUCUGAGGAGGUGGGAGGUUAUAGAGGAUGGUUCAAUGCCUUUGAAGAAGGAGGAGAGUUGUUGUUUGAGGGAGGCGGUAAUUGCCAACAGUCUUUCCGUCAGCAGCAGCACCAGCAGUACAAUGAGCAGUACCAGUGUGAUAACAGCGCCAGUGACGAGUCUGGUGCCGACGACAAUGACUAUGACCUAGAUCCUGCGGCGCUGGUCGCCUCCAUGGAUCCCUCUUCCCCUUACUACCGCCUGGGCUCGUCUACUUCCUUUGACGAGGCGGAGAUCCUGCGGAGCCUGGUCGAGUUUGGUAGAACCCCCCGGAUGUUCGAUCAUACUCCUGCAGCGAGCAUGUCCUUCUUCAUUUCCCCCCUGGCUAUCUCCCAGUUGGCUCGCGGACUCUGGACCCGAUCUGAGCCCGCCUGUGUGAUCAUCCACACCCGACUCCCCCAGCGCACCUCCCGAUUCGAUGACCACCCCUGGUCGGACGACGCCCUGCGAAUGCUGAACCUCCCUAACGCCGGUGGAUCCUCUUUGCUCUCUGAGGUCCUCUCCUGCGAGAUGCUCUACCGCUGCCUGGGCGCCCGCCUUGCCAAGACCGAGAUGGAGAUCCGGUACCUUUUCGCCUACCAGCCCAUGACCGAUUACACCAUCUCGCUCCCCGGUCUCGCCUCUGGCUACCACGUCGGAGUGUCCGUCACCCGCGCCUUUGCCUACAAGGGUGCUUACCGUAGAUCCGAGUGCCGCAAGCUGUUGAAGAAGAAGUUGAGCGGAAUCACGGCUUCGACGAGGAACGUGAUGGACGAGCGGCUGUUCAAGCAGAUCUUGCAUGUGUGGGUGCCUAACGGUAAAGUUGCCAGGACGGUGCAGGCGACGUACCGGACUUUGUCGACAGAGUUGACUAGGAACAGUGUAGUGGUGAUUUCUGUGGUCAAUGCUGCUUGGGUUUUCAACAAUCGGCGGUGA